CGACCGUCGAGCAUGCGCUGCCUGCUCGUCGCCGUCACCGCGAUCGCUGUCUUUGCCUCGUGUGUUAGCGCUGCUUGCACACCGUUCUCGAGCUACCUCUCGUCCUACGACGUCGAGCGUGGCGUCGCGGUCGUGGCCGACCCGGCCGGCUGCAGUAGCGAGCCGCGCCCGACCGACUGCGUCGACUCGCAGUGCCGCAAGUGCUGGCUGUACAACACCACGUUCGCGCCGACGCCGUAUGCAGUCUGCCCGCGCGCCAUGCACCCCGCCAUUCGCCCACCCGAGAGCAUCUCGUGCACGGCGUUCUUGCUGCCAACCGAAGGCAGUGCAGGCAACGUCUCGGCCAUCUACGAUGCAACGUGCACGUUGUAUGGCGGCCUCGGGUGUCUGCCCAACUUUGCUCCGUGCCGCCGGUGUAGCACGUACCCGACGCCGUCGUCGCGCUACUGGCCGUGCGACCUCGACGCCGCGAUCUGCGACAACAAUACGGGGCUGGCGCGGGUCAUUGGCAUUAUCGAUGCGUCGUGCUUGACGAAGCCCACACUACCGGGAUGCACAGUCCAGUCGCCCUGUCGGCGCUGCCGUUUGCAAAAGCUGGUGACCAACGCCCACUUGCCCGACUGCGCAAUGCUGUAUACGCUGGCUACGCCGCUCGAAGUGUCGGUUGCUAGCGCCGGCUCGCUCUGGUCGGCGUUCGAAGCGCUGCAGACCGACCUCCGCGCGCUCCCAGAUGAUGCAGCGCAGUUUUCAGAGACCAACACUGCAGCUUUUGCCCAGGACGUCGGGUAUUACGUAAUAGUGAGCACGCUCGUGGUCGGUGGUGUUGGGAUCGCGAUCGGUCUCGCCGUCCUCAUCGUCUACGCCACGUACCGCCGCCGCGCCACAGCAUCUCCGAUCCUCGUGCGACCCAUGGUCGAGGCCACCGUAGCCGACAAGACCCACGAUCUCAGUCUCGCCAACCCAACGACGGCGACGACGCUGUAG